AUGACGACCUUUCCAGACAACCUCAAACCGGCAAACCCCCAAGGUUCGGAUUGCCUGGCACGCGAGAGAGCAAGUUCUUCGCUACCGGUCCGGGAGCUAGCACAGCACCUGUUCGGACGAGACGGCUUUCUUGAACGCCAACAACGCAUUUUGGAGGCGUUACAAAAGGAGCCUGUCUUUUCCAAAGAAUCACAGCAACAUCUCUCGCGAAAGGAACGGUUUGAGCUCGGCCUGACACGGGCAAAGUGUCUGCGGCGCAUGGCGGACCAGCUGAAGUGGGAUCAAGACGACUACCUAAUGGCAUUGUACUUGGUCGACGACGUCAAUCCAUUCUACGCCCACACGAAACUGUUCACCAAUACGAUUCGGGAGCAAGCAAGCGACGAGCAAUUGGCCUACUGGAUGCCCAAGAUUGAAAGCUGGGAAGUGACUGGGGGUUAUGCACAGACUGAGCUCGGCCACGGCAGCAAUGUGAGAGGCCUUGAACUGGAGGCUAAAUGGGAUCCUGUGACGAAAGAGUUCAUUCUGAACAGCCCGACUUUGACAUCCAGCAAAUGGUGGAACGGGUCUAUCGGUAUCACAGGAAACCAUGCUAUCGUGGUGGCUCAACUCCUGCUUCCUACAAAAUCCUCGUCUAGCGACAAGACUACCGGCUACACCUCAUACGGUCCGCACCCGUUCGUUGUUCAGGUUCGAGCGUUUGGGACGCACAAGCCCAAGGACGGAGUCGUCAUUGGGGAUAUAGGGCCCAAGUACGGAUACAUCACCAUGGACAAUGCAUACAUUCUGUUCGACCACUACAGAAUACCUCACUCGGCCUUCCUGAGUCGUCACGCAAAGGUCGACCCGGACACGGGCGAGUACAGCAAGCCCAAGGUCCGCGCGCUCAUCUACGGCAGCAUGACCUUCUCCCGGUCCGUCAUCGUCAUGCAGGCAAGGAUGGUGCUCGCUCGCGCCGUGACCAUUGCCGUUCGCUACUCGGCGGUCAGACAUCAAUUCUCAGACCGUGACGGAGACCCGAGCGGUCCAGAAGUGCCUGUUCUCGACUACCAGACCGUCCAGAUCAGAGUGCUGCCAUUGCUCGCCACCAUGUUCGCUCUCCACUACAGCGGCCAAGCCAUGGGCGACCUAUUCUACCGGACACGGACGAGUAUCGGCUCGGGGGACUUUAGCGAGCUGGCAGACCUCCACAGCAUGUCGACGGGGCUCAAGAGCCUGUGCACCGGCCUCGCUGCGGACGGGAUCGAGACCUGCCGGCGCGUGCUAGGCGGUCAUGGCUUCGGUGGCGCGAGCGGGAUGAUCCAACUGAACAACGACUACCUCUCGAAACCAACGGUGGAAGGCGACAACUGGAUGAUCACGCAGCAAGUCGCCGCCUACUUGAUCAAGAAGAUGACUGCCGUGGUCGAGAACCCCGAGGGGGAGUCGGCAGACAAUACCGAGAAGGUGCUGCGGAACUUUGUCAAGACAACCAAAACAACAACUACUCCUCGUGGCUCAGGGCAGAGUGUCUGUCCCUUUGACGUGCCAGGAAGCGAUCAAGCACUGGUCGAUGCCUUUCAAUGGAGGGCAGCAGCACUGACAUACCGAGCCUACGAAGCCAGAGUCGUCCGAAAGGAAAAGUGGAACAGCCUUUUGAUCCAGCUGCACAAGCUGGGACUAGCACAAUCCCAAGCGAGAGUCGUGGGCCUCUUCAACACCGCCGUCGAGAACACCACCAAAGACAUGUCACCCGAGUCGAGGAGCGCCCUGCGUGACCUGUUUCGCCUCUUUUGCCUGUACACGAUGGACAACGAAGCGCGCGAAUUCCUCAGCACCAGCGCCAUCAGCACCGACCAGUUGGACGCGAUCCCGGAGAAAAUCAAGGGCCUCCUGGUGCAGAUCCGUCCGCACGCCGUCAAGCUGGUCGACGCCUGGAUGAUCCCGGACUACCUCCUCGACAGCGCGCUAGGGCGCCACGACGGCAAAGUGUACGAGGACCUGUUCAACCGCGCGCACCGCCUGAACCCGCUGAACGGCAUCACGUAUAAUCCGCGGUACUGGGAGGACGAGCUGGUCAUGGGCGCAAAGGACUACGAUCGGGGGAAGCGGCUGAGUAAGCUUUGA